AGGGGCGGGCCAGGUGCGUAAGACUUUUCGAGAAGACCCGCUUAGAGCACGUUGUUCUCGGCCUCUCCCUGAGUUAGGCCAGCCAUGGCGGCGGUGAAGACCCUAAACCCUAAAGCCGAGGUGGCCCGGGCGCAGGCAGCGCUGGCGGUGAACAUCAGCGCAGCACGGGGCCUGCAGGAUGUACUGAGGACCAACUUGGGGCCUAAGGGCACCAUGAAGAUGCUUGUUUCUGGUGCUGGAGACAUCAAGCUUACUAAAGAUGGCAAUGUGCUGCUUCACGAAAUGCAAAUUCAACACCCAACAGCCUCUUUAAUAGCAAAGGUAGCCACAGCCCAAGAUGACAUAACUGGUGAUGGUACUACAUCCAAUGUCCUUAUCAUUGGAGAGCUGCUAAAACAGGCAGACCUCUACAUUUCUGAGGGUCUUCAUCCCAGGAUAAUAACUGAAGGUUUUGAAGCUGCAAAGGAAAAGGCACUCCAGUUUUUGGAGCAAGUCAAAGUAAGCAGAGACAUGGACAGAGAAACACUCAUCGAUGUGGCCAGAACAUCUCUGCGAACUAAAGUUCAUGCUGAACUUGCAGAUGUCUUAACAGAGGCUGUAGUGGACUCGGUUUUGGCCAUUAAGAAAAAAGAUGAACCCAUUGACCUCUUCAUGGUUGAGAUCAUGGAGAUGAAACAUAAAUCUGAAACUGAUACAAGCUUAAUCAGAGGGCUUGUUUUGGAUCAUGGAGCACGGCAUCCUGAUAUGAAGAAAAGAGUGGAAAAUGCCUAUAUCCUCACAUGCAAUGUGUCUUUAGAAUAUGAGAAAACAGAAGUGAAUUCUGGGUUCUUUUACAAGAGUGCAGAAGAGAGAGAAAAACUAGUAAAGGCUGAAAGAAAAUUCAUUGAAGAUAGAGUUAAAAAGAUAAUAGAACUGAAAAAGAAAGUCUGUGGUGAUUCAGAUAAAGGAUUUGUUGUUAUUAACCAAAAGGGGAUUGACCCCUUUUCUUUGGAUGCCCUUGCAAAAGAAGGUAUUGUGGCUCUGCGAAGGGCCAAGAGGAGAAACAUGGAGAGGCUGACACUUGCUUGUGGUGGUAUAGCUCUGAAUUCCUUAGAUGACCUGAAUCCUGACUGUUUGGGACAUGCGGGUCUUGUCUAUGAGUAUACGUUGGGCGAAGAGAAGUUCACCUUUAUUGAGAAAUGUAACAAUCCCCGUUCUGUCACAUUACUGAUUAAAGGACCAAAUAAGCACACGCUGACUCAAAUCAAGGAUGCAAUAAGAGAUGGCUUGAGGGCUGUCAAAAAUGCUAUUGAUGAUGGCUGUGUUGUCCCGGGCGCUGGCGCAAUAGAAGUGGCAAUGGCAGAAGCACUGAUUAAAUACAAGCCCAGCGUGAAGGGCAGGGCUCAGCUUGGAGUGCAGGCAUUCGCAGAUGCCUUGCUCAUUAUUCCCAAGGUUCUUGCGCAGAACUCUGGUUUUGACCUUCAGGAAACAUUAGUUAAAGUUCAAGCUGAACAUUCAGAAUCGGGUCAGCUUGUAGGUGUGGACUUGAACACAGGUGAGCCAAUGGUGGCAGCAGAGAUGGGUGUGUGGGAUAACUACUGUGUGAAGAAGCAGCUGCUUCACUCCUGUACUGUGAUCGCCACCAACAUCCUCCUGGUUGAUGAGAUCAUGAGAGCGGGCAUGUCCUCUCUGAAAGGCUGAAGAGGUCCCUUGUCACUGCAUCUGUAAUGCUGCAGAAUGAUGUGGGGAAAUGAUCUUUUUUUGUCCAAGUGAUUUGGAAAAGAAUUUACUCUCCCCAGUUGAAGAAAAGGAACAAGACAUUUGGCACCUGUUCAAA